AUGACCUUGCUUCUUUUUCUAUCUUGUUUGAUUUUCUCCUGCUUGACCUUCUCCUGGUUAAAAUUCUGGGGGGAAAUGACAGACUCCAAGCAAGUCACCAAGAGCACACCCGAAGGGAGCUGUAGCCCAAGCCAAGCGCCUUUUCCAGCCUCAGACAGCUCAGGGGAGCCGCCGCAGAAAGAUGAUAACAACGGUCCUCUGCCAGAGACUCCUAACCGGGCUGAGCCAGCCUCCCACAGAGGUGCCGACGAUACCGAUCAGCAAAGAACUUCCGGGCCACCCCCACACCAGAAUCCCCCAGGAGACUCCCUUUCCUCUGAUGACACCUCCCCAGCGCCCCAAGCCAAUGCAACGGGGACCGCAGACCUGAAGACCCCAGAUACCGAUGGCCCGUCGUCUCCAGCCAAGCCCCAGGACCCGCGAGCCAGACCCCUCUCCAAGAAAGACGAGAAGCAGGAGCACAUCAAGAGGCAGCUGAUGACCAACUUUAUCCUGGGCUCCUUCGAUGACAACUCCUCCGAUGAGGACCCCAGUGCCGGCUUGUUCCGAGAGUCUCCCCGGAAGGGCAGCCGGGCCAGCCUGGGGACUCUGUCUCUGGAGGCUGCUCUAACUGCAGGCGAGCCGGAGAACCCCGUCCCCACCAUAAGACCCAGCAUGUCCGGACUCCACCUGGUGAAGAAGGGCCGAGAACUAAAGAAGGUGGACCUGCACAGAGACUUUACCGUGGCCUCCCCGGCUGAGUUUGUCACGCGCUUCGGGGGGGAUCGGGUCAUUGAGAAGUCUGGGGCCUUUAACCUCCAGGACGCAGAGGCAGCCAAGGGGGCCAGUUCAGAGCACAGAGUCUUGGUCACCCUCUCGGUGGCCGUCCGUAGUCCUGCAGUGACCUUCAGCGUCUCAGUUUUUCUUUCCUUUCCUCAUUUAAUUGCAGAGUAUAUCAAGAUGGCAGAUCAGUACGUCCCUGUCCCAGGAGGGCCCAACAACAACAACUAUGCCAACGUGGAGCUGGUUGUGGACAUUGCCAAGAGGAUCCCCGUGCAGGCGGUGUGGGCUGGCUGGGGCCAUGCUUCCGAAAACCCCAAACUCCCGGAGCUCCUGUGCAAGCAUGAGAUUGCUUUCUUAGGCCCUCCCAGUGAGGCCAUGUGGGCCUUGGGAGAUAAGAUCGCCUCCACCAUUGUGGCCCAGACGCUGCAGGUCCCAACACUGCCUUGGAGUGGAAGUGGUCUGAUGAUAGAGUGGGCAGAAGAUAAUCUGCAGGAGGGGAAAAGAAUCAGUGUCCCAGAAGACAUUUACGACCAGGGUUGUGUGAAAGAUGUGGAUGAGGGCCUAGAGGUGGCAGAGAAAAUUGGUUUUCCCUUGAUGAUCAAAGCUUCUGAAGGCGGUGGAGGGAAAGGAAUCCGGAAAGCAGAGAGUGCUGAGGACUUCCCAAUCCUUUUCAGACAAGUGCAGAGUGAGAUCCCGGGCUCCCCGAUCUUUCUCAUGAAGCUGGCCCAGCACGCCCGGCACCUGGAGGUCCAGAUCCUCGCCGACCAGUACGGGAACGCCGUGUCUCUCUUCGGGCGUGACUGCUCCAUCCAGCGGCGGCAUCAGAAGAUCAUCGAGGAGGCACCGGCCACCAUCGCCACACCGGCUGUGUUCGAGUUCAUGGAGCAGUGUGCCGUCCGCCUGGCCAAGACCGUGGGCUACGUGAGCGCGGGGACGGUGGAAUACCUCUACAGCCAGGAUGGCAGCUUCCACUUUCUGGAGCUGAAUCCCCGCCUGCAGGUGGAGCACCCGUGCACGGAAAUGAUCGCCGACGUCAACCUGCCGGCCGCCCAGCUACAGGGGUUUAAGCCAAGCUCCGGAACGGUUCAGGAACUGAAUUUCCGCAGCAACAAGAAUGUGUGGGGUUAUUUCAGCGUGGCUGCUACUGGCGGCUUACAUGAAUUUGCGGAUUCCCAGUUCGGGCACUGCUUCUCCUGGGGAGAGAACCGGGAAGAGGCCAUUUCGAACAUGGUGGUGGCUUUGAAGGAGCUGUCCAUCCGGGGCGACUUCAGGACCACCGUGGAGUAUCUCAUUAACCUGCUGGAGACCGAGCGUUUCCAGAACAAUGACAUCGACACAGGGUGGUUGGAUCACCUCAUCGCUGAGAAAGUGCAGGCUGAGAAGCCAGAUAUCAUGCUUGGGGUGGUGUGUGGAGCCUUGAACGUGGCCGAUGUGAUGUUCAGAACCUGCAUGACGGAUUUCCUACACUCGCUGGAAAGGGGCCAGGUCCUUCCUGCCGCUUCUCUGCUGAACAUCGUGGAUGUGGAAUUAAUUUAUGAUGGUGUUAAGUACAUUGUCAAGGUGGCCCGGCAAUCUCUGACCACGUUCGUCCUGAUCAUGAACGGCUGUCACAUCGAGAUCGACGCCCACCGGCUGAAUGACGGCGGGUUACUGCUGUCCUACAAUGGCAACAGCUAUACCACCUACAUGAAAGAAGAGGUUGACAGUUACCGUGUUACCAUUGGCAACAAGACCUGUGUGUUUGAGAAGGAGAACGAUCCCACGGUCCUGAGGUCCCCUUCGGCCGGGAAGCUAAUACAGUACACGGUGGAGGACGGGGGCCACGUCGAGGCUGGGAGCAGCUACGCGGAGAUGGAGGUGAGCACAGAGCCCGCCCCUGGGGUGAGGCUGCAGCCGGGUCUCCCCUCCCCCCACUCCCCAAGGGAGGACCAUCCGCCAUCAUCCAGUCUACACCUCUCCCCUGGGCUGCCACCUGCUGACCUCCUCAGAGAGCCAGUAUGUGGGGUUCGGCCCAAAUUCUCUCCAGCCGAGCCAUUCACAGGAGAGCUCCCUUCCCAGCAAACUCUGCCCAUCAUUGGAGAGAAACUACACCAGGUUUUCCACAACGUCCUGGAAAACCUGACCAACGUCAUGAAUGGCUACUGCCUGCCAGAGCCUAUUUUUAGCACAAAGCUGAAGGAGUGGGUGCAGAAACUCAUGACGACCCUGCGGCACCCGUCCCUGCCGCUGCUGGAGCUGCAGGAGAUCAUGACCAGCGUGUCGGGCCGCAUCCCCGCCCCCGUGGAGAAGUCGGUCCGCAGGGUGAUGGCUCAGUAUGCCAGCAACAUCACCUCGGUGCUGUGCCAGUUCCCCAGCCAGCAGAUAGCCACUAUCCUGGACUGCCACGCGGCCACCCUGCAGCGGAAGGCUGACCGGGAGGUGUUCUUCAUGAACACCCAGAGCAUCGUGCAGCUGGUCCAGAGGUACCGCAGCGGGACCCGCGGCUACAUGAAGGCAGUGGUGUUGGAUCUCCUGAGAAGAUAUUUACGCGUGGAACACCAUUUCCAACAAGCUCACUACGACAAGUGUGUGAUCAACCUCAGGGAGCAGCUGAAGCCAAACAUGUCCCAGGUGCUGGACUGCAUCUUUUCCCACGCGCAGGUGGCCAAGAAGAACCAGCUGGUGAUCAUGUUGAUCGAUGAGCUCUGUGGCCCAGACCCUUCCCUGUCGGAAGAGCUGACCUCCAUCCUCAACGAGCUCACUCAGCUGAGCAAAAGCGAGCAUUGCAAAGUGGCCCUCAGAGCGAGACAGAUCCUGAUCGCCUCCCACCUCCCGUCCUACGAGCUGAGGCACAACCAGGUGGAGUCCAUUUUCCUGUCCGCCAUCGACAUGUAUGGCCACCAGUUCUGCCCGGAAAACCUCAAGAAAUUAAUACUGUCAGAGACGACCAUAUUCGACGUCCUGCCCACUUUCUUCUACCACGCUAACAAGGUCGUUUGCAUGGCGUCCCUGGAGGUUUACGUGCGAAGGGGCUACAUCGCCUACGAGUUAAACAGCUUGCAGCACCGGCAGCUCCCAGAUGGCACCUGCGUGGUAGAAUUCCAGUUCAUGCUGCCCUCCUCCCACCCAAACCGGUAUGGAAAAAACAUCCUUGUGGAAUAUGGACUCCGAAGAAUCACAUUCCUGAUUGCCCAAGAGAAAGAAUUUCCGAAGUUUUUCACAUUCAGAGCAAGAGAUGAGUUUGCAGAAGAUCGCAUUUACCGUCACCUGGAACCCGCCCUGGCCUUCCAGCUGGAGCUCAGCCGGAUGCGCAGCUUCGAUCUGACGGCCGUGCCCUGCGCCAACCACAAGAUGCAUCUGUACCUGGGCGCCGCCAAAGUGAAAGAAGGCGCGGAGGUGACAGACCACAGAUUCUUCAUCCGCGCCAUCAUCAGGCACUCGGACCUCAUUACGAAGGAAGCCUCCUUUGAGUACCUGCAGAACGAGGGUGAGCGUCUGCUCCUGGAAGCCAUGGAUGAGCUGGAGGUGGCGUUCAACAACACCAGUGUGCGCACCGACUGCAACCACAUCUUCCUGAACUUCGUGCCCACCGUCAUCAUGGACCCCUUCAAGAUCGAGGAGUCCGUGCGUUCCAUGGUUAUGCGCUACGGCAGCCGGCUGUGGAAACUCCGCGUGCUGCAGGCUGAGGUCAAGAUCAACAUCCGCGAGACCACCACCGGCAGUGCUGUUCCCAUCCGCCUGUUCAUCACCAACGAAUCGGGCUACUACCUGGACAUCAGCCUCUACAAAGAAGUCACCGACCCCAGAUCUGGAAACAUCAUGUUUCACUCCUUUGGCAACAAACAGGGCCCCCAGCACGGGAUGCUGAUCAACACUCCCUACGUCACCAAGGAUCUGCUUCAGGCCAAGCGAUUCCAGGCCCAGUCCCUGGGCACCACCUACGUGUAUGACUUCCCGGAGAUGUUCAGGCAGGCUCUCCUUAAACUGUGGGGCUCCACAGACGACUACCCCAAAGACAUCCUGACAUACACCGAGCUUGUGCUGGACCCUCAGGGCCAGCUGGUGGAGAUGAACCGCCUCCCUGGAGGAAAUGAGGUGGGCAUGGUGGCCUUCAAGAUGAGGUUUAAGACCCGAGAGUAUCCAGAAGGGCGGGACGCGAUCGUCAUCAGCAAUGACAUCACCUUCCGCAUUGGAUCCUUCGGCCUGGGAGAAGACCUUUUGUAUCUGCGUGCGUCUGAGAUGGCCCGGGCGGAGGGUAUCCCCAAAAUCUACCUCGCAGCCAACAGCGGGGCCUGUAUCGGCCUUGCAGAGGAGAUCAAGCACAUGUUCCAGGUGGCUUGGGUGGACCCAGGAGACCCCCACAAAGGAUUUAAAUACCUGUACCUGACGCCUCAAGACUACACCAGAAUCAGCUCCCUAAACUCUGUCCGUUGUAAACACAUCGAGGAAGAGGGAGAGUCCAGGUAUGUCAUCACGGAUAUCAUCGGGAAGGACCGUGGCCUGGGCGUGGAGAACCUCAAGGGCUCGGGCAUGAUUGCAGGGGAGUCCUCCCUAGCUUACGAAGAGAUCGUCACCAUCAGUAUGGUGACCUGCCGAGCCCUUGGGAUCGGGGCCUACUUGGUGAGGCUGGGCCAGCGAGUGAUCCAGGUGGAAAAUUCGCACAUCAUCCUGACGGGAGCCAGCGCUCUCAACAAGGUCCUGGGCAGAGAGGUUUACACCUCCAACAACCAGCUGGGCGGCGUGCAGAUCAUGCAUCACAACGGCGUCUCCCACGUCACUGUGCCAGACGACUUCGAGGGCGUGUACACCAUCCUGGAGUGGCUGUCCUAUAUGCCAAAGGAUAAUCGCAGUCCAGUCCCCAUCACCACACCCUCGGACCCCAUUGACCGAGAAAUUGGAUUCUUCCCGUCCAGGGCUCCCUACGACCCCCGGUGGCUGCUUGCAGGACGGCCUCACCCAACUCUGAAGGGAUCCUGGCAGAGUGGAUUCUUUGACCACGGCAGUUUCAAGGAAAUCAUGGCACCUUGGGCCCAGACGGUGGUGACAGGAAGAGCGAGGCUAGGGGGGAUCCCUGUUGGAGUGAUCGCCGUGGAGACGCGGACCGUGGAGGUGGUAGUGCCUGCAGACCCUGCCAACCUGGAUUCCGAGGCCAAGAUAAUCCAGCAGGCGGGCCAGGUGUGGUUCCCAGACUCAGCCUACAAGACGGCCCAGGCCAUCAACGAUUUCAACCGAGAGGGAUUGCCCCUGAUAAUCUUUGCCAACUGGAGGGGGUUCUCCGGUGGCAUGAAAGACAUGUACGACCAGGUGCUAAAGUUUGGAGCCUACAUCGUGGACAGCCUCAGGCAGUACAAACAGCCCGUCCUGAUCUAUAUCCCACCCCACGGGGAACUCCGGGGGGGCUCCUGGGUGGUCGUGGACUCCUCCAUCAACCCCCUGUGCAUAGAAACGUACGCAGACAAGGAGAGCAGGGCGAGCAUUCUGGAGCCGGAGGGAACAGUGGAGAUUAAGUUCCGAAAGAAAGAUCUGAUAAAGACCAUGAGGAGGAUCGACCCAGUUUAUAAGAAGCUCGUGGAACAGCUAGGAGUGUCCGAGCUCUCCGAUAAGGACCGCAGGGACCUGGAGGGCCAGCUGAAGGCCCGGGAGGACCUGCUCCUGCCCGUCUACCACCAGGUGGCGGUGCUGUUCGCCGACCUCCACGACAGGGCCCACGGCAUGCUGGAGAAGGGUGUCGUCUCUGUAAGAGCCUGCAGCUGUGGGAGCCCCACAUGA